GUGUUGGGCUUAGAAAGCUUUGCCCAGUGGCUCAAAUGAUCUAUUAUGGGCUCAACAUAAUCACUCUAGUCAAGCCCUAACCAUAAAAUCCUUAAAAAAGAAGAAGGGGAAUCAUCUUAUCCAGUUGUAAUUGAAGGCACUAGGCAGAACAGAACCAGAACGAUUGGGGAAUAGAGAAGCUGAAGUAAGGAGAGAAUGUCAAUUCUGUGUGUACCAUCUUCUAUGACGCCCUCUUCUUCUUUAUCUUCUUCGACUACUGCCAGUACAACUCAACCUUAUUUUUCUUCUGCAAGCAAGUCCUCCAUUACUAGCAGUCCGUUUAUUGUGGGGUUCUCUUUGCUAAAAUCAAAAUCAUGUAUACGGACGGCGUUUCCUGUUUCUAGCUGCCGCAAUUUUGUGGUUCGGUCUCAGAAGAAGGAAGAAAAGGACCUUGCUCGUGUACCCCUCGACCAACGUUGGAUGUUCGAGGAGUCCGAGCUUAAUGGCCCUGACAUUUGGAAUAAGACUUGGUAUCCUAAAGCUGCAGACCAUGUGAACACGGAUAAACCCUGGUAUGUUGUUGAUGCAACUGAUAAAAUUCUUGGGAGACUGGCAUCCACGAUUGCUAUUUAUAUUCGUGGAAAGAAUUUGGCAACCUAUACUCCUAGCGUGGACAUGGGGGCAUUUGUGAUUGUGGUGAAUGCUGAAAAGGUUGCUGUGUCUGGGAAGAAAAGGACCCAAAAGCUAUACAGAAGGCAUUCAGGAAGACCUGGUGGUAUGAAAGUGGAGACAUUUGAUCAGCUACAACAGAGGAUUCCAGAAAGAAUUAUUGAACAUGCUGUUCGUGGUAUGCUUCCUAAAGGGAGGCUUGGUAGAGCAUUAUUCAACCACCUUAAGGUAUACAAGGGCCCGGACCACCCACAUGAGGCUCAGAAGCCCAUUGAGCUGCCCAUAAGGGACAAGAGGAUACAAAAGCAGAGAUAGAUUUGCAUCAAGAUCUAGCUUGAGAUGUCACAAGCAAAGUCUCUGGUCCAUAUUGAUUGCCUUGACAAAAUCUAUGGUGACGUGGAUUUGAGUUCCGUGCCUGGGCUUCCUCCAUUCGAGAGCCUGUUCAUGCUUGUUUUUUGCCAGUAGAGAAAUUUGAAAUUAGAGUUGCUUGCUUUUGGCUAAUAAUUGUUGCUGAUUCUGAUGGAAAUUUAUUAUUAUUAUUAUUAUUUGUAGCUUUCUGUUGUUCAAUCUCUAUGCACUUUAAUCUAAAAUGUAUCUCACAGAAAAUUGAAUUCAAUAACUUGAAGGAAAGGAUUAAAUCCUCUGUGACUUUAUGGAUGAGGAAUUGUACUGUGGACCGAGAGCCUAGUUUAGCAUAUUCUAUCAGUGAAUUGGGGUCUCUGGUGACUUUGGAGCGGUGGGAAACGUAUUGAGUGAAAUUUUGCAAUUUGAUUCA